AUGGAGGGGAACAAAACUAGCAGGGGUGAUGGCAAUUUAUUUAACACCCUUCGUGGGGAACAUUUUGGCAAAGAGGAUGAUGGCAUGAAAGAGAAUUGUACUCCGCAGCAGCAAGAGGAGGUAGUAGAAAUAGAGGAGACUUCGAAAGAAAAUAAUGGAGGGGGUAAGGAAAACAUAAGGGAAGUUGAACAAGUAGUGAUCAGUGAGGAAACAAUAAAUGCUUUAAGAGAAAGGGAGGCAGCCAAUGAUGUGUUGAAAUCCGAGGUAAAUAAUGACACUCAGAAAUCUGUUGGCAAUGAUCAGGAUAACUCAGCGAAAAGAGAUUUGGUAUGUGAUUUAAAUAAACAAGUUUCAUCUAUUGGGGAUUCCUUCUCUGUGGACCAUAACUUCUCACUUGGAAGGGGUGUGAUGAAUGUUGUUGGUGAUGAUAAGGGAUUAACUCAAAGAACAGAGCCCCCUGACAAAGGUUAUUGUUCUGAUAAGGGAAGCACUUUGAGUGUAAACAAUUCCAAGCAGACUCUAGGGGAGUAUGAUAACGAGUCUGUUGAGCCAGAUACGAACUCUCUUGAAGUUUACUCUCAGGAGGAGGAAAGUGGUAAUAACAUGGGUGAGAUCAAUCUUUCUUCUUCUCAAUGA